CUUGCCUUGAGGACCUUCACCGAGCUGAAAUAUCGAUUCGCACCACCAUGUUUGGAGAUAUUCGCCAGUCAGUGGUCCGUCCAUCACGCAGUGCCUUUCCCGAGCCCAAACUUGGCAUCCUACGACCUUCUACCACCCGACCAACCUCUAGACAAGUACCUGAACACACCUCUCGUAAUGAGCCUGGGUCGACGAAAGGGCUGCGAGCCAUUGAUGCCUCCCUUGGUGGAGCAAAUAUCCGUAUCGCCCGCCGCAUGAUUGUCACGACGACUUUAAAACGCUCCUUAGCUGUUGAUGUCCCCAUAACGAACUUCGACGUAUGCCUGCAUGCAAAUCUAAUUGCUACAUGUACGGGAAAGGUUGUCUAUGUAUGGUCCCUGGACUCACUGUCGAUCGUACACAAGUUCGGUAGGACUACAGGAAGUGUUCACCGAGAAAAUAUACGAGAUUGCAAAUUCAACAUUGCCGGAACGCUGCUCGCCACAUGCGGGGAAGACAAACGUAUCGUUGUAUGGAAUCUCAAAAGUUUACGAGCAGAAAAGGUCAUCGAAGCCCACAGCGGCGUGGUCUAUCAGAUCGCCUUCACAGAAGACGACAGCAGACUUCUGUCAGCGUCGGAUGAUGGCAGAAUUCAAAUCUGGCAAUGGAAGACUGGUACGCUAGUCGGAUCAUACAUCCGACAUCCCGCAGCAGUUCGAUGCUUCGACUUCAAUUACGGCCACGCUGACCGCAUUGUCUGUGGUCGAAGUGAUGGCCAUAUCAGCACUUGGGAUACACUCAGUAAGCUAAUCAUUGACGACGUAAAACCAGACCCAGAUUGGGUGCAAGACGGUGCGGAGAUGAAUUUGAUGGCAUGGGCCGAUGUAGAUCGAAAUCAUACCGGGUCCAUUCUCUGUGUUAGAGUCUCUCCGAACAACCGGCUACUAGCUUCAGGCGCAACUGACAAUACCUGUAAACUAUGGAACAUGACGUCGUAUGCGAAAGAUUACAACAGCGUGCAACAAGAGCUACAGGAGUCAAACCGAGUUGCGCAGAAAAUGGAAGACCCAAUUAGAGUAGACGAUGAGUCUUAUAAUGUCCAGAUUGGCACGAAAGAUUUCACUGGGUUGAAAAUUGGCGAUCUUCCAAUUCCCCUCGGUUUUCACGCCGACCUCUUGUUUACUUUCCGGCAUGAGGGUCCUGUAUUAGCUGCACGGUUCAACAACAGCUCAAGCAUUCUUAUAACAGGCUGCGUAGAUUCCACAUGUCGCCUAUGGUCCGUACGUCGAGGGGAUCUACUUUUCCAGAUCAACGUCCCUGCACCAGUCACUUCGAUAUUUGUUGAUGCUGUUGAUGACAUGUACUGUGUUUGCCAAAAUAGGCUAUUGUUCUUUGGUAUCAAAGCGCACACAAAGGAAGAGGACCUGCCAAGUUACUGGCAACGCCGCUCCAUGAAGUCACUACGAGAAGACGCGGUGGCAACAGAUAAGCAAUUUCCCAUGGAGCAGCUCACUACUGAAGACGCUCAACUCGUGUCGCAAAUUACGGAGGAAAUGGAGCAGGGCGGUGCACAAAAGAAAAUCACGAUUCCCGAACUACGCAACCUCAUCUCACACGGUCUCAUCCUUCCAACGUUUCUGGACACCCUUUUGGAGCAAUACAAAAGUGUAGAUACCGCGCAAUUAGCCGAGAACAUGAAAAAUCAUGAAAUAGCGUCGCGACAGAUUCUGCGGCUCAUUGUAAAUACCAACUUCCACCCGCGAGAUAUUUUGACCGCAAUGGCUUCGAAGAAAGAUGCGGACACUCUAUACAAUAUGAUUCGAUCUGGGGUGCCAAUCACGAAUUACAUGCUAAAGCUGGGAUACCGACCGAUAGAUGAAUCCGCUACAGAAGAGAGUAAAGCUAUCUUCCUUAAUUUACAUGACUUCUUCCCUCGCGGGAAAGCAUUGCUACCCCGUGGCCAAGGUCCAACUCGGAUGCGCACAGGUCCCAAGGGCCAACAAGCGAGCUUUGGGCCAGGCGAAGAUACGGAGGAAUACAGUUGGUCAGAUGAAGACGAGGAGGCAUACCUACUCGAAGAAGAGAUGCGAGCAGAGAUGCUUGCGGCCCGUAAUCAGCCAAAAGGAAAAGUUCUGCAUUUCAUUCCGUCCGAGCAGAUAAAGUUAUUGAAAGAUUUCCACGCAAACCGGGACAUGAAGCCGAUAUUCCUUAGGGAUAUCGUUUUGGAUUUGAACCCGACAUCUGGAUAUCCGAAUUUCAAUGUUGAAGCAGAGACUCGUGAUACACGGCCGAUCAUUGCACAAAAAGCCGUACAAAGACAAGGCGUUCGCUUCAACGAAAUGUCAACACUGAACCGGAUCAAUCGUCAAGCUCCCCGGGGGCAACGAUCAUAUGGGGGCAAGGCAUUCAACAUCCGAGACUUACCAUUACAGCUCGGACCCGGAUACGAAAGAGUCCGGGCAUCUCUAUCCAGUUCCCAAACAGUUUUCCAACCAGCCAAGUACCUUCGGGCACGCGGUCUGAACAUACGCUUUCAUCAGCACGGACAAAAUGUACGAGGUGGUCAUUACCAGCGGGGACACGUAUAUGCCGAGCCUAUCGUGAUACGGCAAUCAAGAUCUCAGGAUAUCAGACAACAAUUUGUUGUCGGACACUCUGUCUCCUUACGCGAACAAACAAUCGAUGCUGAUGCGGAUAUGUAAAUAUGUGUUUAGUAAUGUACCUGCAAUCUUCCCUAUAGGCCGCAUUUAGCGCUAAAAGUCGUCCAUGGUUCCUUUAAUUCUCAUGAGCGGGCGCCUCUAAAUGUGGUGAUGAUUGAUCCACAGAUGCCACUACAAUGUUCGCACAUGCUCAGCAUGACAUGAUGAACCGCAAG